UUUGGUCAGUGAAAUUACUGCUGUACAUCUGUGCGAACGCCUGACUUACACGGACUUCCUUACGGUAACGGGCAAUAACUGCCUAUUUUUUUGCUCACUAAUCAGUUUCAUAUAUGGUCACGAAUGUCUUCUUUAAAGUUAAAUCCUUUGCAUUGUGUUCCUGCUUCCUUAUGUGCGUGUAAAAGGGUUUUUUGCUUGUAUUCUGUGAUAUUGAAUGAUGUUCUGUUGUUCCCAGAUGUUUGUUCGAGCUUUAAAGUGUCUCAUGAUGGAUGUUGGAUGUUGAAAAGUGUUACUUUAUGCGGUUUAAUACGACUUUAGUUUUUGUCAUAUUACACUGAUGACAUCAUCACCUUAUUCCGCAGCUGCUGUCUCGGUUCCAAUGUUUAGCUCGGGUUUGCAGUUGCGCACUGCUGUCAGCGGCGACUUCACGUAAAGAACAAGCCAGUGACAAAAGUAGCACGUCUGAAAGCUCACUUCCGUUUUACACUUUCAAAAUAAAGCUUGCAUUUGUAAACGUGUCUUGACUACGCAAGUGGAGCCAUAGGCUGUAUUUAGAAUGGACAGAGUCUGCCUCCUCGCUGAGUGGAGCCACUCCGAGAACAGCACCCUCUGGUGAUGGGCUGCAGUAUAGGUCAUAAAUCCCAGCAAAGUUUAAGGGGCUGUGGACAAACUUUACAAAUUUAUUACACAGAAUAUAAGUUUUUCUACUCUCUGGUUGUGAUGUUAACGUAGUUAUUGUAAGACUGGUUUGUGCUCAAGUCCUCUUUUUUUCUGUAUAACUCUGUUUUUAAAAGUUAUUAGGGGGUUCAAGUUUUCUAUUGUUGACACUUGAUACAGCCUAUACAGCUCACCUGGGGCGAUAUUUUUUAUGUAAGAUGGUAGGGGAAAGUCCCGCCUCCUUCGCCUCUGAUUGGCUAGAAAAGCUGGAGACAUCGUCAUGCGCUCGAGCCAAACGCAGGCUGUCGGCUCAUAGCACAGAACAUUACAGAACACUGUAGCACUUCUGAAUCGCCUGACCCUAACCCUAACGUAACAGAUGAUGAUGUUUCACAGCCAUAAGGAAUAACCAAUUGGCAAGCACUUCUAGCCAAUCAGAGGCGAAGGAGGUGGGACCUUCCCCUAGCAUCGUACAAAAAAAGUUCGCCAACCGGGAAUACGCUAUUUGAGUUGAGCGUCAUCACUGCGACUCUCGGCGACUCUGUUGCGGAAUGCGUACAAUGCUACUGCGCAAGUGGUGGAGUGCUUGCAACACUACUGCGCUAUGUUGGUUUCAGGAAGUGGAGAAAAAACGCGGAAUUACCGAGAGUUUUUCGGCUUCAAAUCCGUAUAUUGGCGAAGGCGGAACCAAGUUGUCAGUAGUAUAUACAGUCUAUGGCUGUGUCCAAAAUGGAUCCCUAACCCUUAUAUAGGUGACUACAUGGGGGUUAGCGCCAUUUUAAGGGGUGUCUGAAAUUUCAGUGAUCAAUUCCAGUGCCCUAUAUAGGCGACUCAAUUUCCCAUAAAGCAUUGCAAAAUAUAGUGAUCAUCCAUUGCUAUGUAAGUUCCGAAAACUCCGGUGAUUAAGCUCACUACAUAGUCAGCUAUAUAAUGAAAUCCAAUAUGGGGGUUAGGGGUUAGGUAUUGAGUGAUUCGUUUCGGACACGGUCUAUGAGUGGAGUGUGUAUUGUUUUAUUGUGAAAAAUGUUACCAUUUCCGGUGUCAUGCUUGCUACCUAUCGGUGUCUUGACGCAAGUACAGACUGGAGGCGUGUGUGUGAAAAAUGUAAUGUUAUUGCGGAGACCGAAUACACCGAAUAUCAAAGAGGAGAAACGGGGUCAUCGACUGAGGGAGAGGGGGGACGUCGCCAGGUGGCAAAUUGUCGACUUUCGCUGUCCUCCUGUGACUUCAAUGUCUUUCUCUGGGGUGGGUCUUACCCCCGAAACCCGUCAUCCAACAAUGGGCUGUGGGAGCUCGGGUAGACUCGGAGAAUCCUCCUGCAGCUGUUUAGAGAGCCGAGGAUAGGAACAAGACAUCGGACCGAGUCGAUGAGGGUGGCCUGUCCGCUUUUGCACUGCGUCUCUCGGCCCGGUGUCUGUCAGGAGCCGGUCACAUGUUGUAAAAGAGGAAAAACAGGCCUUUAAAUGUUGAAGUGUCAGACAUUGUGGCGGUGAAUCGAUUCCUUUAUAUUUCUGCUGAGUGGAUGGAGUGAAUAGUGCAAAAAAAGGGGGGAGAGACAGACUGCAGUUUGGUCGCGUGUGAUGAUAGGAGACACAAUGACGCUUUUGUCUCUUCUGGGUCGGAUCAUGCGUUAUUUUCUCCUCAGGCCUGAGACAUUGUUCCUGCUCUGCAUCAGCCUGGCGCUGUGGAGCUAUUUCUUUCACACUGACGAGGUGAAAACCAUCGUCAAGUCCAGCCGGGACGCUGUGAAGAUGGUGAAGGGGAAGGUAGCGGAGAUGAUGCAGAAUGAUCGGCUGGGAGGCCUCAGUAUCCUGGACGCAGAGUUCUCCAAAACCUGGGAGUUCAAGAACAACAAUGUGGCCGUCUACUCUAUACAGGGCAGGAGGGAUCACAUGGAGGACCGCUUCGAGGUGCUUACGGACAUCACCAACAAGAGCCACCCGUCCAUAUUCGGGAUCUUUGACGGUCAUGGUGGGGAGGUAAGUUGGGACAUGAGGGAGGGAGGUACGGGCCACCAAGAUCCAAAGACCUGCUACCAAACUAAUCCUGGUGCAACAAUGAUGCCCUGUGCCAAAAUGGUAUUUAACAUCAAAGUCCCUCCUAAAAUACUGACUUCCCAAUAAUCAAUAGAUGGGACAAUGUCACUUGAAAUUCCAUAGGCGCCAAAGAGUCAUGUUUCCUUGGUAACAUACAUAUCUGAACCUCCCCCCUCCUCCCCCUUUGUUUCCUUUUGUGUAAACACCUCCUUCACCCUGCUGCCAAACAAUAGGGUAACUUGAAAUUGAUCGCAAAGAGAUGUGUGAGUGAGGAGGUUUUUGUCUUUCCUCAAGGGUCAGUGGUUUCUCAUGGCUGCCUUUAGACCAUGUGUCCUGGACUCCAUCUGUCACACCACCACCACCACACUGUCCCUACAGAAGAACACAAUCCACUUAAUAAUACUUCCAAUUGUUGUUUUAGGGCCCAGUUGUGUCGUUGGUAGUUGUUUCAGUUUGUUACAUGAAGUAUGAGUACACUUGCGGUGGUCUGUCAGUUCAGUACAAGUCUUCACAAAGUUGUUGUUUUUUAACAGUAAGUCUUAAACGUUGUUCUCCCAGGCUUUGCAGAUAAAAUCAUUUUGUUCUCUUAAGUACAACCCAAGGUUAAAACAACAUAAAUGGAGGACAUUGUACUAAAAGUACAUCAUGCACUCAUGAAUGGGACAGUAAAAUAGAAAAUAAAUUAGAUGUCUCUCACAUGAUACACAAAAAGAUCAGUGUCUUUUGUUUUUAAUGACGUAAGACUCCGCCCUGUAACUUCUCUUUACAAGGUAUAGAUUGAACCAGGGAUGGAAAGAUAGAGUAUUUUUCUACUCAAGUGAAAGUAUAGUUUAAAUCACAGGGGACCACUUUUUGUGAGGGGAUACUUUUGACACUCAUAUCCAGGUUGAAGUUAUUUGGUAGACUAUCUAAGUCAUGAUCUGCAGAGAGGACACUGAAAAUUAUCCGGCUGGUACAGAUGGAAAAAGGUUGUGGUGCAUUGUCCACUUUACUGUAAUUGAGAGAGAGGUGUCAGUUUUGUAUAAUCAAUGUUUUGCCAGAGAGUUGUUCACCUGAGAUGGAUGAGCUUUCCACCUUUCCAUGAGUGCUCCUCAUUGUGGUUUCAGUGUUGCUCUUCUCAACUUCAUGUUAGUUUACCAAGUGGUAAAUGUCAGCCAAUCAGGAGGCAGUCCUUACUUAGCAAUAGAUGCUACUUAAGUGUAGGAGAGUUGAAGACUUUCUUUGAAAUACUUAGAAAUAAAAGUACAGAUUUUUAAAAUGAUUCAAAAAAAGUACAAGUGCACAAGACAGCUACUUGAUUAGAGUAACUCGAAUAAAUAAAUAAAUAAAUAAGUUACUUUCUACCCCUGGUUUUAGCUUAGUUCAUCAUUUUAAUCAAAAUUAAUGACAUUUUUCCAUCCUAACAUAUUUUUUAAAAUGUGUUAAAUAUUCAAGCUCACUGGUAUUUUCAAAGCCCGAAGUGACAGAAAUCUCUUGAUUUUUAUGUACAGCUGAUCGAUAUUUGUUAUGCUGAAUUAUGGAAAUAGUGACAAUUAGAAAAUGUUCACACAUGAUCACACAUUUCCUAAAAAGUAAUCAAAAGUUGAGUGAUAAACCACCACAUUUCUCAGUUCGUGCUUGACAGGAAGUGUGUUUUUUUUGCUGCAGUCAUAGUCAAAUACCCUGACUCCAGUCCUGUAUAUUUUCCAAGUUUAACUUUGUAACUAUUUGAAUACAGAAGAGUACGAUGGAAUAUACUGGUACUCUUCUUUUUUAAACAGCAGUAGUUGCUGCUGGUUAUGUUUAAUCAUAGAGUGAAAGAGAACCAACAGGGAAUAGAGGUUGUUUACUCUUCUAAAUCGCACUGACUAUUCCUGUCACAUAAACAAAUAUUUAUCCCCUCUGGCCAUCCUGAUUUCUCUUCAUUUCUCCCUCAAUUUUCCCUUUUCCUCCUGCGUUAUGUGUCCCCCUCCCCUGUUACAUUGCUAUCUGUUUUCUGACUCAAACAGAAAGGGGUCACUCUGACAACAAACCUCGGUCUGACAAAAUCUGAACCCAGUCCUAGACACACAGCUCCUGCCUACAAGCUAAAUACUUCUAGUAAAUUCUGAAAGAAACCAUGAAUCCUAAAUCAUAUGGUAAUAAGUGACUGUUAGGGGUCAUUUUCUGAAUUUUGUUUGCUGUCUGAGACUCUUGAUGUUAAUGAUGUUUUUGGGAAACUCUCCUUCAUGUGUGGAUGUCCUUUCAAACGUAUUUGGGAUGUUACCAAGCCAAACAUGUGCGUGCCUAACUCGCUGUCUUUGGCAGCACAGCAAGUUUUGGCCCUUGAAAAAUGCAGCAAAACUUCUCAAACACAUCUCUGUGUUUUUACUCUUUUCAAGGCAGCAAGCCGUGUCCCAGAAUCAUAGAAGUCAGCACAACUGCUGCUCCUCUUUUAAUGAGAUUUACUGACACUAUUCUGGACUCAGGAACUUCCACACAGGCUUUCACUCGAUUCUGCCGUGGUUAAUUAAAUUUAUCGUCACAUUCUGACUCUAACGGAAAAUAAGAUUUAAUAAGCAGGAAUGCCAAAAAGAGAUCCACUCUAUUGGUUAUUGGACUCUUGUUCCAGCCAUAGACUCACUCAUAAAAUCUGGAAAUGUUAGAGUCAUUUAUGGAGCUUGUAACUGCACCUGGUUUUACGUUUUCAGCCUUUGCAGCAAAUGGAAAUGUUGAUUUGAAGCUUUUUUCCUGAUCACGGAUCACUGUGGGCCUCUUGUCUAAUUAAAAUGAGAAGUGAUUACACUGAAACAGGAAACAGGGAAGGAGAGAAGGGGGCAAAAAAGGGAGAUGGCCUCUCUUUUGAUAAUUAAAACUAUUAACAAAAUAGCAUAAUCGAGCCACAUUAAAGCGGUUUAUAUUAAUAAAGGACAAGGACUCAAGGACUCUGGCUGCAAAUCUGUUCAAGCUCAUCAUAUAUUGAAACAUUUAGGCAUGCUGAUUAAAGACCCCAAAGUACCCAGAAUUCCAUAGGAACCGUGAAUAUGAUCCACGCCGUCUCUUUGAAAUCAGACACUAAGAUGGAAUGAAAAUGUGCAGUUUUAGAUCUGAUUUGACGCAUUAGCAUAAUGGAAAUCUUGGCAUAGAAAAUGAGAGGAAAGGCUGAUAAAGUAAAGGCAGGAAGAGGAGAAGAGGAGGGGGGAGGAGUAAGAGGAGGAGGUUGUUCAAUAAUUCAGUACAGAGCACCUGCUGUUUGAGAGAAAAUAAACUCAUUUAAGGCUGUGUGGACAAUACUGACUAGAUAUGAACAACUUUAGAUUAUCCUGAAGAUGAAAACUUAUUCAUGUGUUACUGACAUAACAUUGGGUGUUUCAUGAAUGCCUUAUUAGCUCUGUAGAUAUCCACUAACUCUUUCUCCCUGCGUGUCCCCCCCCCCCCUCUGUGUCCCAGGCUGCAGCUGACUAUGUGAAGGCCCACCUGCCCGACUCGCUGAAGCAGCAGCUGCAGGCCUUUGAGAGAGAGAAGAGAGAGAGCGCUCUCUCUUACGCCAGCAUCCUCGAGCAACGCAUCCUGUCGGUGGAUCGUGAGAUGCUGGACAAGCUCUCUGCCAACCAUGAUGAAGCAGGUCAGGAGAGAGAGAAGAAGAGGAGGGGGAUACAUGUGUGUGAUUGUGUGUCUGUGUCAAAUUAUCACGAUAAGAUUUGCCCCUCUGACGAUAAAUGUCCCGAUAAAAAAUAUUAUAAUUCCAAUGUAUAUUUUUGACUCAUUUUGUCUUGAGAACACCAGUUGGAAUAGUCAAAAAAGACACUUAAGGUCCUUUCACACUGGGACUGUUUUUGUCGUGCGAUUAUUUCGGACAUCAAGAGUUCUAAAAAUUAGACUAAAUAUUCACGAUACAGCUGGAUGAGCAUUUUUGGGACUGAUUAUAAGUAGCUGAGAUACAGAGUGAAAAGUAAUGUUAAAGAUUAAAUCCAGAACAAGUUUGGUCUGGCACAUCAGAUUUGAAAACUAAGUUAAAAAGUUGAAGUGAUCGAUGAUGGAAAGAUGCUCUGAGCUUCUUAAAAAUUUAGUCAUUCAUACAUAUCAAUAUUGACUAUUCUGUGAUGUGUCCCAACCUGAAGAUUCAGCCCAAAACAUCAAGCACACAAACAUUUAUGCUGAAAGCCGUUGCAGUUUUUUCCCCCCUUUUCCCUUUAAAUUGACAAUUAAAACACUUUUAAUCCAAACGUGAAUAUUUACCCUGAAUCUCCAUGCGCUGCCCUCUCUGUCAAACACCAUUAAAACUGCACCUUCAUUCUGCACUUCCAAACUUUCUUACAUUUUUUUUUCUCAUACAUUCCUACAAAUAUCCCAUCAGCUGAGUCUUUCUGACUGACUCUGUUUUAUGAGGAGCUACAUUGCUGCAUAAUCAUGUUUGUAUAGCUGAUAUCGUCUCCACUGACUACACUGCACAUCGAUUAGUUGAUGGCAUUUGAUACAUUCAAUCCCAAAAAGAAAAAACAUUUUCUCUCCUAUUUAAUCCUGUUUGUCUCUCUUAAAUCAUCAGGUGUAGGUUAUUUUAUUGGUUUAAAUCCAACGUGCUUACUUCACUACUGACCAAAACGUCUAAUAAGUAACCAAGGGAAACCUUCACUUAUCAGUUGCACUUUGAGCUGCUACAGCUGUAUAUAUUUCCCUGUUUGCUGGUCUUUCCUCUUUUUCUAUGUUCAGGUGGAUUUAAUGUUUAGCAGACAAGGUUCCUCUGUGUUUAGGAACUGAAAAGCCAGCUACUGCUUUCAGAGAGAAGAGGCUUUUGGAAGUGGAUUUCCGUGCUUGUUUUGGUGUUAUACGUUGUUAAUAUAACCUUAGCUGAAAUUUUUAAAGUUAUUAUCUGUUUGUUUGAUAAGAAAUCUCAUAGCUUCUAAAUUCUUGAAGGUGUUUGUUUUUGUUUUUGAUUUGUUUUUGAUUUCUGUUUGAUUGUUCAAAGUGGAAUCAGAUGUUACUGCACAUUAUCCUUAGCCCUGAAGUGUAAGAUUGAAAAUCUCACUGCAUUCUUUCAUUAAAUGGGACAUUAAAACAUUCUCAUGGUGGAAGACAUGAUCGUACAAGUUCGUGGCUCUCAGCUCUCUUGACAUUUUCAUUCCUUGAGAUGUCUUCUUCAAUUUGAUUUUUCUCUGACUCUGCUACCCAAACUACAUUUCAUAACUAAAAAAGCAUUAUCUUUAUUUCUCUAAUUUAUCGGCCAAGUAAUGUAUGUUUUCUGUAUUGCAAGAAAUCUAGUAAAGUGUAACUCUGAAGUAUUUGUCAAGGUUGAAUUUAAGUCAAGUGGGAAAAAAAGCACACAACCAAAUAUGAAACAGGCUUGGAAGACAUUGAUGUUUUUUUCCUCUCAUUUUCACCCUUCUCCUUCAUGUAGGAACGACAUGUCUGAUGGCGCUGCUGUCAGACAGAGAACUCACUGUGGCGAACGUCGGGGACUCUCGUGGUGUGCUGUGUGACAAAGACGGGAACGCUGUCGCACUUUCACACGACCAUAAGCCGUAUCAGCUGAAGGAAAGGAAGAGGAUCAAGAGGGCAGGUAACUGAUGAGAGAGACAGCAGCAUGAAGUGAAGUAUAGUCUGUUUGGACCUCUUUUCAGAGUCCUGUGUGGCUGAAUCUGGGGUCCUUGGCUGUCAUCUGGUGGUCUGUUUAGGGAUAGCAUCACACAUAGGGUUGAAUACACAAGUAUUCCCAUUAUUGUGUGGUUUGUUUAUUGACAAAAGAACAAACUUUAACUUAUUGUUUAUAUUCCAGGUGGUUUCAUCAGUUUUAAUGGAUCCUGGAGAGUCCAGGGGAUCCUGGCCAUGUCCCGCUCUCUCGGAGACUACCCACUGAAGAACCUCAACGUAGUCAUCCCCGAUCCUGACAUCAUGACCUUCGACCUGGAUAAAUUGCAGCCAGAGUUUAUGAUCCUGGCAUCAGAUGGUCUGUGGGACGCUUUCAGCAAUGAGGAGGCCGUCCGAUUCGUCCGCGAGCGUCUCGACGAGCCCCACUUCGGCGCCAAGAGCAUCGUCUUGCAGUCCUUCUACCGCGGCUGCCCUGAUAACAUCACAGUCAUGGUGGUGAAGUUCAAAAGUGGAGCUGGGGGGAAUAACAAGGCAGGGGAGUAGGUUGGGGUCAGUUUCAGGGAUAAAUUGAUCCAUUUUUUUAUUUUUGUCCCUACUGGGUGAAGCGGCGAGUGUGAAAACACAGGAGAAAAGUGCAGGUACUGAGAAAUCUGCACGCAUUCAGAUAAAUACACAUUAAAAAAAACAUAAUAAAAUGUUUUAUUUGUUAGUUUCUGAUUGAAACAAGGGCAUUUAAACAUACCACAUAUCUCAUAACCAUCCGCCAACAUAGUAAUGACGAUGUUAAAAUGCUGAAUCGACAGCAGAGAUGCAUGAAAACUAAACAACCAGACACCAGAGGAUUAUCUCUGAACCAGCACACAUUAAACUGUGAUUGAUUUACUACUGUUUACUGUAGAUGCACAUGAAUGGUACAGCUCCACUGGAGGAUCCUUCAGAGCGGGCUUUAACUAGUGCCUACUUAACAAUUACUGUGCAACUGCAGGAAGCUACUGAAAAUGUGCGUGCGAGAAAAACAAACAAACAAAAAAAAAACCCAACCUGCUUGCUGCAUUUUGACAAUUUUACCAAGUGUUGUAUGCAUCUGUUAUGGUUUUGACCUGGGAAAUGUGGUCAGUUGUAAAAAAGACUCCAGUGGAUCCUUACCCUUAACUAUAUUCGAGUAAUGCUUACAACUAAAAUCUCUCCAUGGAGUAUCAAACUCCUGCUUUGUGUUUGGCUAAGUCCAGCCAAUCACAGGCCUUAGCUGCUAUUCUUUAAGUUGGAUUUCCUAUGGUUUCUUGACACCCGUUUUUAAGGUUAGUGAACAUGUCUUUAAAUUUAAGCAAACACAUUCUGCUUAGGACUUAAAGACUUAAAUUAGAUGUAGUACCUCUUUAAGACAUUGGCGUAUAAAAUGAGGGGGUGAGGGGCUAGGUGUCAAACCAAGAGCCGAAGUGAGAGACAGGUUUGACUCCUUUAUCUAAGUUUUACUUUGAGGCAUUUUUGCUGUUAUUAGAUACGAUAGCUGAAGAGACAGGAAACAUAGGGAGUAGAGAGGAAGUGCUGAUAUGAUGCAGUAAAGGUUUAUGUCUUGUAAUAAAACCAACAACUGAUGGACAGGUUAACCUGCAUUGCAGUAGGAGAUAUUUUGUCUGGAAACUAUCCACACUAAGAAGUGUUACUUUGUCCACAGGGGGGCGCCAAAAUCACCACAAACAAAAAAUUCCUCAUGCGAGCUUUAAAGAUAGACCAAAGCUAAACAAACAAGCCAAUUGGAAGCUUGAAAAGAGAUUUCGGCCAGAAUAUUGCUCAAUUUGGCUCAUGAGUUAUCAUUGAAAUACGUGAUUAUAUUAUUUCUAAUGUAAAAAUUUCAGCAGCAGGUAGACUCAUCUCUCAGCUGGAAAACUUCACAGCCUCUUUUCAGGUGUUUAGAAGCUUGGCGAUGCUAAUUGGAGAGAUUUUAGAUGACGUCUUACUUUGGAAAAACACACACACACACACACACACACACACACACAAAGGCACUAACAGAUAAUGAAAAUGCACUUUUUUCAGAGGUUUAUUUUUUGGAAUGUCAAAUUCUUACAUAUCAGUCAUUGUAAACUCUUAAUCCUCAGUAACACAGGAGGAGUUUCAUGUAUGCUGAACAUUAUGUUCACCUCUUGGUACUGUAAUCUUAAGGCGUUAUGUAGACUGUCCCAUCAAAGUUGUUUUGUUUUACGCCAUCUUUAUCAGGGCAUGUGCUUUGGCUUAUCCAUGUUCCUUCAUUCAUUCAGUGAGCUAAUUUUUUUCUUGGUUCUGGUGAUCUUUAACCUGGGAGGCACAGGAAACAGGGCUGACUUUCACACCACCAUGAGAAACUAAAAGAUGACCCAACAUGAACUGUACAGCAGCAGCCUGAAUGCUCGUAGCUUGAUAUUCAAUACGCUUGUAAAGCAAUACAACCAGUGUCAGUCAGCGGCAGCCUGAUGUGGAGACUUUAGAGGAGCAGACUUGAUUUACUGCUGUUUUAUGUUUGAUUACUGUUUACCACUGUGUUUCAUGAUCUUUGCAUCAGUUGACAAAGCCUUUUUUUUAAUUUAACUGUUUACCUAAUGCCUUAUUUAUUGAGUUUUUUUUUUCCAAUCAGUGGGGUGGAUUGUCUGGACAAGCAGAUUUUGUCCUUCUGUACAUGAUCAGAAGUUUACAAUAAAUUAGAUCCAUCACUUUGAUUUCGAAGUCGGUGCAUACUUCACACGUUGAGCUGAUGCUCUGUAAAAAUACAGUGUAAAUAAACCUGUAUGUAAACUAUCAGUAUUAAACUUCCAUCUUCAAAUCUGUCUGUUUUUUU